ACGUUCGCUGGAAAAUACUCUAGAAUCGAUCAGAAAACUAGCUGUGUUUUCUCCAUCGUCCAGCCGAGAGGAGGCUAUGAAGAUCCGGCAUGCGCUCACCCAAUCCGUCACCUUCCUCGUUAUGGUCGUUGCAUUGUUGGUGCUGGUGCCCGAGGGAAUAAUGCUAGUGACGGGUGUCAAGACACCGGCGAUGGCCGUUUUGUCGGAAAGUAUGGAGCCUGGAAUUAAAAAGGGUGAUAUGGUGUUUGUGCACAACAUGAGCAAUGAACCUUUCCACGUAGGAGAGAUCAUUCUUUUCAAGGUUGAUGGCUUUGAACAUCCAGUUGUCCAUCGCGUGAUCAAGGUUCACGAACAUCGAGAUACUGGAGAAAUCCGAAUACUCACCAAAGGGGACAACAAUUCAGUGGAUGACCGAUUUCUCUAUGCGAGUGGGCAGCUUUGGCUUCAACCGCAUGACAUUAUUGGACGGGUUGUAGGCUACCUGCCAUAUGCUGGAUGGCCUACUGUCUUCAUCAGUGAAUCUUAUAAGGUCUCUCUUUUCCUUCUAAUGAAAGAUGUUGCUGAAUGGUCGAAGCACUACAACUCCUGAAGUAUACUGGGUAACAAUGUAACCACGGCAGAUUCAUGUGGGUUGUCUCCAUAAUGUCUUGUUAGGGGUUAAAGAAUGCAUGAAGCGACGAAGAGUAUGUAAAAGAUGUAUCAUUAUCAUAGUCUCCACAACAUAGU